CGAGGAGAAAGGACCGCAACAACACAUCUAUACUGGAACUGCAACUAAUAAUGAGAAUUCCUCUUUAGGACAUUCAGUGCCUCUGAAGAUAAGAUCAAAUUGAUCUGGUCAUGAUCACAGAGUACCAGGCCAGUUUCCUUCCUCCAAGCAAAUACACCAGCUCCACCUUAAAACUGAAUAACCCUCAACAUCCAUGGGUCAGGGAUGCCAGCAUCACUUCAGUCAGAAGGAGACAUGUCCCCAAACAACAAACAAGCCCUUCUCCAAAGGCUGGAAGGCCGCCAACUAAAACUGACGUAACCUUUGCACAGAGGCUUUCACUCACCAAAGUGACCCAACCUUUGCGUGUGGACUACACAACUGUGUACCAAAAUGAUUUUCGUGCUUGGAAACCAGAGAAGUCGUUUCCACUGAAAAGUAGCAAAAGCAAUGAGAAGACGUUACCUGAGAAAAAACGCUCUUCAAUGGAUAGAAGGAAAGCCUUUGUAGUGAAAGGUCGAACACCUUUUGAGGCAAUCACUACCUAUAGAGUGGAUUAUGUCCCUUACCCAGUACAACCAAAGAGUAGCAAGGUCUUACCUGAGGAUAAGGGUGGCAAAGCUCUACCAGAGACUCCUGCUGCAGGCCAAGUAAGGCUUGGACUCUUCCAGCGAUUCAGGAUCAGCUUAACUGACAUAGAGAAUCAAAACUUCCCAGCAGUCAGGAAGUUCCAUUCAACAAAACUCAACAGACCAACAUGUCAAGGCUUACAGCAAAGUCUGUCCACAUGCCAAAUUUAUGAAAAGAGAACAAAACCCCUUCGGGACGGAGACAGAGCAGCAGUUGGAACAGAAACCAUUGAUCAUAAGGCAAAGUGUGCAGAAUCCAUCAAGAAAGCAGUAAACAUGUGCAGCUGUGAUGGUAUGAAGAACCACCACCCUGAUGGACAGGUGGGCCCCCCAGCCUUCCAAUGCUCAUCCUGCAUGUUCUGGUCCGUUCCACAGGUAGGAGAAAUGAGCCGGCGCUUAGGAAGCAAAACAUAACCUCUUUACCUUCUAUCAUAGGAACCCUAUUUGUGUGUAUGGCCCUUAAAAUUAAAUGAGAGUAAGACCGAGGUCAUGGAUUUUAUCUGCACAUCUGAGGUACCCUCCAUUGUCUAGCCAAGUA